UUGAGUUACAGUCUAACAAAAGGGUGUACCUGAUUCUUCAGACACGCCCUGUUGCUGCUUUGAUAGCGUCGAAGGAAACUACGCGUAGUUCAACAACGUUUUCAAGUAACUUGUUGACAAUUUGGAGUUUUCUUCGUUUAAUUAGGACUGGGGUAUUCGUUCUAAACUGAAAUGGGAGCGUGUAUGGCAUUGUGUUCAAUCGCUAGCUGUGCAUCAUGUCUGUGUGGCUCCGCUCCCUGUCUGCUGUCAGGAUGCUGUCCCUCCACCUACAACUCCACUGUGUCCCGGCUGGCCUUCUCCUUCCUGCUGCUGCUGGGGUCCCUGGUCUCUGUCAUCAUGAUCCUACCUGGCAUGGAGGCUCAGCUCAAGAAGAUACCUGGGUUCUGUGUUGGUGGAACUUCCAUAACCAUACCAGGCAUUGAAAACAAGGUGAACUGUGAUGUCAUCGUGGGCUACAAGUCUGUGUACCGCAUGUGCUUUGCCAUGGCCUGCUUCUUCUUCCUGUUCUCCAUCAUCAUGAUCCGUGUUCGCAGCAGCAAGGACCCCCGAGCCUCACUACAGAACGGAUUCUGGUUCUUCAAGUUCCUUAUACUGGUGGGAAUAACUGUAGGAGCCUUCUUCAUUCCAGAUGGGACAUUCAACACAGUGUGGUUCUACUUUGGCGUAGUGGGUUCCUUCAUCUUCAUCAUCAUCCAACUGAUCCUGCUGGUGGAUUUUUCUCACACCUGGAACCAGUCCUGGCUGGAGAAUGCUGAGGAGGGAAACAGCAAGUGCUGGUUUGCAGCUCUCCUGUCGUUCACGGUGCUACACUAUGCCCUGGCCUUCUCUGCUGUGGUCUUGUUCUAUGUCUAUUACACCACGGGAGAUGACUGCACUGAACACAAGAUCUUCAUUAGCCUUAACUUAAUCUUUUGCAUCAUCAUCUCCAUUGUUGCCAUCCUGCCCAAAGUUCAGGAGGCCCAGCCUAGCUCAGGCCUGCUCCAGGCCUCCCUCAUUUCCCUCUACACCAUGUAUGUCACAUGGUCUGCCAUGACCAACAACCCCAACCGUAAGUGUAACCCCAGCCUGCUGAGUCUGGUCAACAACACCCCCAGCCCUACACCUGCCCCAGGACAAGAGGUCCAGUGGUGGGAUGCACAGGGCAUCAUAGGACUGGUCAUCUUCUUCUUCUGCACACUGUACGCCAGCAUCCGUUCGUCCAACAACACCCAGGUGAACAGGCUGAUGCAGACAGAGGAGGACCAGGGUCUGGCUGCAGACGACCACGAGGCGGCCAUGGGGGAGGACGGGGUCAGACGGGCUGUGGACAAUGAGGAAGAUGCGGUCACCUACUCUUACUCCUUCUUCCACUUCAGCCUGUGCCUGGCCUCCCUAUACAUCAUGAUGACACUCACCAACUGGUACCAACCUGACGCAGACUACCAGGCCAUGCAGAGCAGUAUGCCAGCAGUGUGGGUGAAGAUUAGCUCUAGCUGGAUAGGCUUGGCUCUCUACCUCUGGACCUUGGUAGCUCCUGUCAUCCUCUCUAACCGAGACUUCAACUAAAGGCAUACACCUUCCAUCCAGAGCUGUCCCAAAUGGUACCUCUAUUCCUAAGUAGGAAUAGGGUAGGUGUCUUUUCAGAUUUGCUUUACUGUUUGGCAUGUUAUGAGUCACACUACUGGGUAAAAACAUUUUCAUUGUGCUGCUUGAAGAAGGGGACCACUGUCGUUUUUUUUAUGUCCAGGCUUGUCUCAUUGACUAGACAUAACAUAUUAAACAAGAAUCUGGGACACUCAAAUGAGUAUGAUAGGCAGCGUUUGGUAUGGUUACAUAAAACCGGUUACUUAAGGCAAAAACGAAAGGAGGGUGGUUGGCUGGGUGGGUGAAUCAUCACGGACAAUUUUAGAUAAUUGGCAACUUUGUGACAACUUAAUUCUGUUUAGCUACUUUGCAAGUACUUAGCAUGCUAGCUACCUUUUAACCUUAAUCCUUAAGCAUCUAGAUGGUCAUACCAAGGAUCAUUUAGCAACUUGAUUUAGAAUUUUAGGACCCCUUUCGGUAUACAUAAAAUAAUGAUAUCAAGCUUUAAUUAUUUGAAUCAGGUGUGUAGUGCUUGGGCAAAACCCAAAACGUGCACCCCUUGGGAUCCCGAGGACCGAGUUUGGGAAACUCUGGUGUAGAGAAUCAUUGUAACAUCUAAACCCUUGUGAAAUAUACCUUUUUUCCAUAACCAAAAAUAUUGUAUUUUCAGCUGUUUGAAGAUGGUGUACAAAACCGAAAGUAACACACACAAAUGAAACUUCAGAAUGGGAAACAUAGAAAAGUGACAGAUCUAUACCACACUUCUAUCUGAAUUUGGCCCGGUAGCCCAAAAAGUUACACAUUGCAUAUUUCCAUAAAUGUUUUUACUAGUAUCGGGCUACCUUCAGACGAGGCUUCUUGGCAUCCUAGAGCAACGUUUUCGUGAGGAACGAUUUAUUUUAUUUAUUUAUUUUCCCCAAGGAUGUCUCAUGGUCUGGCAAACACCUCUAGCUUGGCCACCUUCCACCACAAAUGCGGAAGGCUGCCAUUGGUGGAUUGAGACUCAGCCCACGCAAACAAAACGUAUCUUUUACAGACAGCUUUGAUGGUGUUUUUUGUUGUUGAAAUCAUUAUGCUAACUACAUUUCCGCGGGGGUGCGGCUGUCGACUCUAGGGGGUAACUACUAGCCUAGCCAACGUUAGCCGCCUAGCUAACGUUAGUCGCAAUAAAUUAGAAUUUUUAACAUUGCAUAUUGUACAAAUUACAAUUGGAAACGUACACAUUCAUAUCAUACGAAAUGGAAUAUUUCACAUACACAAAUUAAUACCUACCAUACCAAACAUCAUACUAAUUUCUGUUUUCCGUUUACUAUUUUAAGUCUACCUAUGAGUCCAGGUUGUUGUUAGCCAUGAGGUUGGUUUUAUCAUUCUGUUUUUUUUAUAUACAUGCAUACAAAAAAUUUUGCUUGGUUUGACGCUUAACAUAUCUGGUCAGCGACUCUACUAAAACGUAAAAGUGCCUUUUUAAACCUACAGAUUUGCUACACAAUAAACUAGCUUUAUAUUCAAAUGUGUAUAUGUUUUGUCAUACCUUAACAGAUUUGUAUCUCUAAUGCCUCUCCUUAUGUUUAAAUGUAAUAAAUCUGAUCAUCUCUGAAA